UAGCGACGGGCGAGGCACCCCACACAGCACAACAUCAUCAUCGCCCCUCCACGCCCCCUUGCCAAUUUUUUUUCGAAACACAGCAAGCCAGCAGCCAUGUCGCGGGGUCACCGGCAGUCGACGACGCCCAUGGACUUUGAAUGGUCGAACCAGCGCGGGCCCGUCGACCAGCAGUCGCCCUUCAUCACCGCAACAGGCGGCUCGCAUGCAGCAAAGAAACGCCCGCACUCGGUCCUCGACUCGCCGUCCAGAAACGCCUUCGCGACGCCCAACCGCCCGCACCUGCGCGACCCCGACUCGCGCCCCUUCUUCUUCGACCAGAGCAACGUCAAGCCGCUGCCCUCGAUACCCUCACACGUACAGAGCGCAUGGGAGCCGCGCACGCCCACGAGCAACGUCGACUUCAGCUCCGGCGGCGAGACGCCCAACACGCCGGGCAUGGACAGCGACCAGGCGACGCCCGACACACAGCUGGCCAGCAGCAUGGGACGGCUGGGGAACGGCGACGCCAGCAGUCCCAAGAAGGGCGCGCGCCGCGAGAGCUGGUUCAGACGCGCCUUCAUGCCCAGCCCCAGCCCGUCCAAGGACCCGCCCCGCGACGACCCGCGCAAAUACUACUCCACCAAGGCCGAGACGCGCAUCGCGAAGCGGCGGUCCCGCGAGCGCAAGAAAGCCUUCAUACGCGACGACGACGAGGGCGACUACUCCGACGCCGAGCACCAAUCCCCCACCACCCCAAACCCCGCGCCCACACACCCCACCACAGUCCAACAAACAUUCGCCAUGAGCGUCGGCGGCUUCCUCUCCUGGAUCGAAGCCCACCCCCACCUCCCCUCCGUCCUAUCCUUCUACAUGCAGCUCGCCGUCAACACAUUCCUCGGCUGCCUGUUCAUCUACCUAAUCUACAGCGCCUGGAGCGGCGUCAUGACAGACGUCGACAUCGAGUCGUCCAAGCACCUCUCCCAAGUCAUGGUCGACAUCGCCUUCUGCACGAAAGAGUAUAACCAAAAUCGCUGCAGCCCGGAGGAGCGCGUGCCGCAUAUGGAGAAUGUUUGUGGCGUCUGGCAGACGUGCAUGGAUCGCGAUCCGAGGAAGAUUGCGCGCGCGAGUGUGACGGCGAGGACGUUUGCGAGGAUUUUUAAUAGCUUUACGGAGGAGUUUAGCUAUAAGAGUAUGAUCUUCACAGCAAUAAUCAUCUUCGGCGGCUUCAACCUCUCCAACUGGGCUUUUGGCAUCGUCCGCUCCCAACAAGCACAACAACAGGCCCAAGCCGCCCAACAACAUCAACAUCAACAUCCCCCACCGCAAACACCACACCGCGUCCCCUCGAACAGCUACGCCGACACACCGUACCCCGAUACCGCGUACGUGGAUAACCAAUCCCAUUGGCAGACUCAGACUCAGAACCCUGCGCUGCAUACGCCGUAUGCGGAUCGUAGGCCCAUGUUGAUUGAACAUGCGAGGAGUUCGCCGGCUGUGCCUGGUGUGAGGGAGGAUGUGGGCAUGGGUGCGGGGAGGAAGAGGGGGUUUCGGUGAUGGGGGUGCUUUUUUUUCAUUUGG